UGGCGACGUCGUAGCCGCCGUUUUGAGGAAGAAGCGGGACUUUGCGGCGAGUUUACGCUACAGGAAUUGUCUAAGUUUAGAGUAGUUUAGAGCAGUUCAUAGCAGUUCAAACGCACAGAUCGACUGGUCAGUUCUGUCAUCAAUCACGCGACCGUCACGGUAGCCUCUGGUAAACGCGAUCAGCCUUUGCGGAACCGUGGAACCAUGUCGGACGAGAAGAAGGAAACUAAGACGGAGUCAGAGCAUAUAAACCUGAAAGUUCUGGGCCAGGACAAUGCGGUAGUCCAGUUUAAAAUUAAGAAACAUACACCUCUACGUAAACUGAUGAAUGCGUACUGUGACCGUGUAGGCUUGGCGAUAGCAGCAGUAAGAUUUAGGUUUGAUGGACAGCCCAUAAAUGAAUUAGACACACCUACCACACUGGAAAUGGAAGAAGGAGACACAAUAGAAGUAUAUCAACAGCAGACUGGUGGUUUCUCGUGUUGAAACGCAAUGUGGCGCGUUUACAAAUGGACUAAAUGAAAUUUACCGUUCCAGCAGUGUUUAUUAAUAGAAACAUGAUUAAUUUUUCUUUUGUUUAUUUUCCUCUGCGCUCUGCACGAGACUUCAAUCUAUUACAUGAUACGCGAGAUUCACUUACGUGUACAAUGUUUGACGCCUAAUCUCGUUGUUUUUAUCUCGUUGCUUUUUAUCUAUUGAGUAUAAUUACAUAUUUACUAUUUUGAAAUAUUCGAUAUAUCCUUUUGAUAUUUAAAGGUAUCCAUUAUGUCAUUGAUUGAAGUCUGUUUGGCCGAAAUGGCCCUUUACUGUAAGUUUUAACACACAUUCGAGUACAAUCGUACACGCGGUUUGGCGUGAAAAUGCGAGUUUUUGUUAACGCCGAGAGAGAGAAAAGCGAAACACAAGUUAUGUAAAGGGAACACCCAUUACACCCAUCGCCGUCAAGAUCCUCUAAAAAAUUCGAGAUUCCUCGUGUACAUGAAUUUUUACGUGAAUAUAACAUUGUAAUGACUUAACGA